UAGUGAAUUCCACUGGCGGAUCUGGAGCGGUGUGCCGAAUCCACGACGGAGCAAGAAAAUCCGCCGCGGAGCGACCCGAUCCCGAUCGACCAGUGAAAAAUAAACACGCUCCGGCAGGGAUUGCAGCGGAAGUUGUCGCACGCAUCCGGUUACCCAUGUUGCCAAUCUCGCAUUAGACCACGUUGGGGGUUCUAGGCACAGCGGCAACUGCACUUCGCGUCUUGCCAUUGCAACGUGCAGCAGCGCGAUGGAUGUUCUUACGGUCAGUCCUGCUGUUCAGCGCCUUUUGCUGGAUUUGGUGGCCAAGGACACAGAACGCUCAACGCAGGAUUCAGCCGAGAAUCCUGCGCAUUCUUCCGAGGCUGGUGAUGCUGUGUGCCCUGGUCCUUCGCAAGACGCAGAUGGACCCAGUGUGACCAAGAAACGACGACAUGCAACAUGUGACUGGACACCAGGGGAAACAAAACUCCUCCUUGAUCGCUACUCCAACUACUUCCCACAAGUAGGCCCAAUGAAAAAAUUUAAAAACAAAAAGUGCAUGUUUGCAAAAAUUGCACAGGAUAUUAAAGAUGUGACUGGCUCAAUCUGGACAGGUGAUCAAUGCUGCACACGGUAUAAAACUGUGUGCAAAAGAAAGAAAAGUGCAUGUGUCCAGAACAGCCAGUCUGGAAACUCUCCCCAACUGGUGGAGUAUGAAGAUGAGCUCGAAAAAAUCAGACACCUGGAUGACAGCUUAGAGCCGGAAGUUGUCCGUGAUUCCGCUGGUGUGGUAUCACAGAAGACGUCAUCACAACCCUCACCAGCCAGUUCACAGAGUGAAAGUACGGACAACAGUUCCAGCCUAUCUGGAUCAUGUGAACAGAAAGAUGAUGACCACCAAAAAAAAAGAAAAAGGCAAGAGAGAGAGCACCAGCCGCGCGCACCACAUGAAGGUUUUCCUCGACAAAAUUCAAGAAAUUGAAGAAAGCAAAGCAGAAAGGAAAGCUGCUAGGCAACAGGAAAGAGAGAGGCGGAAACUCGAAAACACCAGGAGGCGAGAAGAGAUGCAUAGCGAAAAAAUGGAACUCUUACGAGCCGUACUCGGUCUCAAAACCGACAAACCUUGCGCUCUCCCUCCACCCUCCGCUCCAAAAAACACAAAAUAAAAAGUUCGUUUU